AAUCCCCCAGCCCGUCCAGCCAUGCUCAGAAAGGCCGUCGGCAGCGUGGCCGCCCGUGUAGCGACUGCGGGCGCCUUGAAGCCCGUGGGCGUGAGCAGGGCGAACUCCCACGCGGCUAACGGAGGCGCAAAGGCAUUCAAUCAGCCUCUGUCGCCGGAUUACAUGACGCGGGCCGGCGGGAUCGCCUCCUUCAUGCGGCUUCCGGUGCAGGACGACACGCAAGGCCUAGACGCAUGCCUAGUGGGCGUGCCCUUAGACGUGGGCGCCUCGAACCGCAGCGGCACGCGUAUGGGGCCCCGGCAGAUCCGCACCGAGUCCGUUCUCCUUCGCCCGAACAACCAAGCCACGGGCGCCAUGCCCUUCGACUCGCUCAACGUGGCCGACGUGGGGGACGUGCCUAUGAAUAUUUACAAUUUGCCCGAGGCAUGCAAGCACAUCCGGAGUCACUAUAGCGAGUUAGUGAAGGAUGGCUGUAUUCCCCUGACCAUGGGCGGCGACCACACCAUCACCUACCCCAUCCUACAGGCCAUUAAGGACCGCUACGGCACCGUCUGCCUCCUCCACGUCGACGCCCACAACGACGUCAGUGACUCGAUGCUGGGGGCGAAGAUCACCCACGGCACGCCCUUCAGGAGAGCGGUCGAGGAGGACCUCAUCGACCCGAAGGCUACCGUGCAGAUAGGCCUACGCGGUUCCUCUUACACUGUGGAUGCGCAUGCGUGGCAGAUAAGCAAGGGCUUCCGCAUCGUCCAGGCGCACCAGUGUUGGCACAAGUCCCUGGAGCCUUUGAUGAAAGAGGUGAAAGCCAUGAUGGGCGAUCGACCCGUUUACCUCUCAUUCGACAUCGACGCUAUUGACCCUGGCUUUUGUCCUGGCACUGGCACCCCGGAAAUCGGAGGUCUGACCCCCAUCCAGGCACUGGAGAUCAUCCGCGGGUGCCGUGGCCUAAACCUCGUGGGCUGUGACUUGGUCGAGGUGUCUCCUCCAUAUGAUUUCGAGGGAACCACCGCUCUCACAGGCGCCAAUCUGCUAUUCGAGAUGCUCUGUGUUCUUCCACGUGUAAAAUAUUAUGAUUUUAAAUAAAGCCCAUUGUUAUUAUCAUAAUGAACAUGUUACUAUAAUUGUUUGGAGUAGAUUUUUAUUUUUUGUGGGGAUAUGUACCAUUUGAAUAAAGAUGUAAACACGGA